CUAUCAUGCUCUCUUAGCUUCUCUUUGAUGUUAACUCAAAUAAAGAAAAAUACUCAAAAGAGAUAUAAACCAUAUUAUUCUCUUCUCUCUCAUCUUUCCUUGCACAACAAAUCAAAAUUCUCUUGUAUGUGAACCUAUCCAUCUUAAUUAUAUAUGAAUUGAAUGUCCAUCAUAUCACCCCCUUCAUAAAUUCUUGCAAUUAAUAAGCAUGAAGAAUCACAUCUCAAUUAGGUUAUCAUCAUGACUUGCAUUGAAAUGGCUUUCUUCCCUACAAAUUUCAUGCUCCAAACUUCUCAUGAUCAUGAUGACCAUCAACCCUCCACUUCCCUCAAUCCCCUUCUUCCCUCUUGCAAUCCUCAAGAUUUCCAUGGGGUGGCAUCAUUUCUAGGGAAGAGAUCGGUGUCGUAUUCGGGGGUGGAGGCGGGGGGGCAAAACUGCGAGGGGGAGGAGGAGCUGUCGGACGACGGGUCACAGGCGGGGGAGAAGAAGAGGAGGCUGAACAUGGAGCAGGUGAAGACGCUUGAGAAGAACUUUGAGCUGGGGAACAAGCUUGAGCCAGAGAGGAAAAUGCAGCUGGCCAGGGCACUUGGGCUGCAGCCCAGGCAGAUUGCCAUCUGGUUCCAGAACAGGAGGGCUAGGUGGAAGACCAAGCAAUUGGAAAAAGACUUUGAGCUCCUCAAGAGGCAAUUUGAUGCUGUCAAGGCUGAAAAUGAUGCCCUCCAAGCCCAAAACCACAAGCUUCAUUCUGAGAUAAUGGCACUGAAAAACAGGGAUCAACAGCCAACAGAAUCAAUAAACCUAAACAAAGAGACAGAAGGAUCAUGCAGCAAUAGGAGUGAGAACAGCUCAGAGAUCAAGCUGGACAUCUCAAGAACAACAACAACAACAACUCCAGCCAUUGACAGCCAUCCACAUGGCGGUGGUGUCACCACCACCACCUGCAGGCCCAUCUUCCCACCAUCCAACGGCGGCAUCCGCCCCGUAGCCACCACGGCGGUGGCGGCGGCCCACCUCUUCCACAACUCGUCCAGGCCGCCGCCGCCGCCACCCACGGAUUUCCACCACCAGCACCACCACCAGUCUGUCAAGGAAGAAAGCCUUUCCAGCAUGUUUUGCUCCAUCGACGACCAGACCGGGUUCUGGCCGUGGUUGGAGCAACAACAUUUCAACUAAGAGUGAUCCAUGGAGUUUUUUCUUUCUUUUUUUACUGCUUUUUAUUUAUUCAUAAAUUUCUGGGAUUUUAUUUUAUUUUUCUUCCUGUGUGCAAUUUUAU